AAAAAAAAAAUUGAACUAGACUAGCGCAGAAAAAAAAAAACAUUACUAGGUUUCACGCACUAAAUUAGUGCAUGAAAGGACCAAACUGCACAAAUGCAACUUGAACCUUUCACGCACUAAUUUCAUGCGUGAAAGGACAAAACUGCAAAAAUACAACUUGGGCCUUUCACGCACGAAUUUAGUGCGUGAAGGAGGGCAACAAAAAGCCGCCCCCUCCUUCCCCACCACAGACUCGACAGUGACGCCCCCACCCGCCAUUAACGGCGAUUUCCGGUGGUCCCCAACCCCCAAAACGCUAUUUUCUUGUUGUUUUUCAAUCCAAAACUCAAUAUUCUUGGUAUAUUGAAUUGUAGGAACAAGUUUCUAAGGUUAGAUUUUGGAAUAGAGCGGCGCAGAGGUCAUUUUGAAAACUCAAAAAAACCUUCAAUCUAGGUAUUUCACUAUAAAUUUUUUAUUACAUUGCUAAAUAUAUUAUUACCCUAAGCAUGGUCAUUGUGUAAUUGUGGUGGAUUUGCUGUUUUGCGCAUUUUUUUUGUGUGUUUUUGGGCAGUCCGUAUGCACUGUUGGAACUGUCCAUUUUUUCAUUUUUUUUUAAAUUUGUUUAUUUAUUGUUAAUUAAUUAAUUAUUUAUUAAUUGUUUAUUUAGUAUUUGUUAAUUGUUCGAUUAGCGACUUAAGUAUUUAUUAAUUGUUAGACUAGCUAAUUAUUUAUUUAGUUUUUGGUAAGCCAAUUGUUUAUUUGUUAAUAAUUUCUUAAUUGUUUCAUUAGUUAAUUAAUUGUUUAUUUGUUAAAUAUAUGAUAAUAAUUUAUUAAUUUUUUGAUUAUUUACUUAAUUGUUUAUUUAUUAAAUAUAUGAUAAUAACUUGUUAAUUAUUUGAUUAGUUAGUUAAUUGUUUAUUUAUUAAUUAUUUAUACUAAUUGUAUGCUAACUAAUUGUUAAUUAUUUGACUUAUUAAUUUUUAAUCUUUAUAUUUUAGGAUUGAAAACCCUUAGUUUAGGAUUCAUAACCCGUAGCUUAGGAUUGAAAACUCUUAAUAUAAUUUUCGAUAAAAGAUUACAUAACUAAUAUUACUUGUUAAUGAUUUAUUUAAAAUACGUAAAACAGAUGGAUCACCACAAUCCUUAAUAAAAUUUUCGAUAAAAGAUUACAUAACUAAUAUCACUUGUUAAUGAUUGAUUUAAAAUACGUAAAACAGAUGGGUCACCACAAUCCUUAAUAAAAUUUUUGAUAAAAGAUUACAUAACUAAUACUACUUGUUAAUGAUUGAUUUAAAAUGCGUAAAACAUAUGGAUCACCACCCUCUUGAUCCGGGGCCCUUCGACCCAGAUUUACUGUAUCUUCAGCCCGAGCAUAGGUCGCAACAUAUAUGGACAUCCGACCUGCAGCCUGAGUCUCAGGUCCGUACCCGGUUAAGGGACUCAGCAUGGGAGAUCUUAGCUGCUCGCCCCCCACAUCCUCGUGUCCUGGAUAUACUACGUCGGGGCGGUAUUUACCGGUGCGUCGAAGUUGGUCGGGUACAGCAUGAUAGGUCGCUAGUGACGGCAUUGAUUGAGAGGUGGCGAUCGGAGACGCACACAUUUCAUCUCCGCACCAGUGAGGCUACCAUUACCCUUCAGGAUGUGGAGGUCAUUUAUGGGCUACAGGUUGAUGGACGCCCAUUGUAUAUUGAGGAGCCUCCUGUGCUGCCGCCUUACCGGGAUGAGUUGACUAGGCUCACCGGUUUCGCGGCUCUGGAUGGUCACAUUUCUGGCCAGAGUCGGGUUUUGUUGUCGGCCCUUUACGCUUACUUGCGCCUCACAGACACGCAGCAUCCGAUUGGAGAGGUCACGCCUCAGGCUGAUGUUGACCGAUGCGCACGUCUAUACCUACUCAUCAUAUUCGGGGCCAUCCUGUUCCCGAACACUUCGGGUUCACAUUUGAGCUUGAGGUAUCUUCGGUAUAUCGACGAUCUCGCCGAGAUAGGAUGUUAUAGUUGGGGCGCUGCUGUGCUGGCCUAUAUGUAUCGAGGAUUAUGCCGAUGUUCUAUGGGCACGAGGGUAGAGGUCCCUGCAUUUUGCUCGCUCCUUCAGAUAUGGGUGUGGACUAGGUUGAGACCUUUUCAGCCCAUACCAGCUCACCCUCCCGCAGACUAUCUUACUGUGCCGAUGCCAUACGCGCGGAGAUGGUCGCGAGGCGUACGCCGACGUGCGGAGACCCAUCACAGCCUUCUCCCAUUUAAGGAUCAGCUAGACCGCAUGACGGCGCAGACGGCUUUUAUAUGGACGCCGUAUGAUCAUAUUUUGGAUGAGCUGCCGGCGUUUUGUAGGGCUGGUCAGCACAUGUGGAUGUCGCGGUGUCCAUUGAUACAUAUGGAUAUCGUUGAGUAUCACGCGCCCGACCGCGUGUUACGGCAGUUUGGGUAUGUACAGAAUAUACCCGCGGCUACAGUUUGGGAGCAUGACCACUAUGCGGGGGACGAGCGUGCGGGCGUCGAUGAUGCAUGGCGACUCUAUAUGCAGCAGCAGGUCCAGAGUUGGGAUGUGAGGAUGACGAGCCUAGCGGUGGUCGGACAUGACACUCCGAUCCAUGUGUACAUGAAGUGGUACAUGCGGAUCACUCGCAUCAUUAUUGGCAACCCCUCUAGGCGUCGUCCAGAUGGCCUGGGAUAUGUAGCUCUCGCGAGAGCGUACGAGGCGCUGGUACGGACCGUUCAGACGAUGCGCUAGCACUGCCCGUACGGAGGCCCCCGAGACGGCGGAGUAUGCAGCACGGAUGAUUGAGCUUGCCGAGACUGGGAUGAGACAGGCACAUGACUUUGAGCGUCUCCAUGAGCGUGUUCCCGCUGCCCCACUUGGGGCAGCAGGUGGUUAUGGUCGCCGAGGAGUUGGUGGCCGUCGUAGAGGAGGUAGGGCUGGCAGAGGUGAUGAGGCUCUGUCGACUUCAGAGAUCCCGCCAAGUUCUUACCAGCCGCCGACUACAGAUAUCCCAUCGACUUCUCAUUCCCGGCCGUCGACUUCACAGACACCUCUGUAUACGCCGGACCCUUUUUCAGAUUAUGUGCCCUGGCCUUCAUUUCCACAUCCACUAGUUCGUGAUCCACAGGGUGAGCGGUCGGGCCCCACUCAAGAGACCAUUGAGGAGCCAACUCAGGAGCCCUCUCACUAGGCAUCUUAGGAGGUCGUCGACACACAGGUUCAUUCCUAUGCGCCUGUGGACCCAUCUCCUGCACCGGGCCCCACUCAAGAGACCGUUGAGGAGCCAGCUCAGGAGCCCUCUCACUAGGCAUCUCAAGAGGCCGUCGACACACAGGUUCAUUCCUCUGCGCCUGUGGACCCAUCUCCUGAUGAGAUUGACGAGGAGCCAUGUUAUGAACCAGCCCCACCGCCCACCGUCAUUUCCCAUAGAAAGCAUGUUAUGAAUCGGGGUCCAGGUCGAAAGAAGGGAAGAAAGGGAAGCAAGGACGAUCAUGCCAGAGAGCAUGUACAGAUUAAGAGGAGGAUGGGGAAUGGAGAUGAUGGCAGUGGUGGUGGUGGGGUUAGCCUUAGGCCUAGCCGAACUCUAAAGGCUCCCACUUGUGGGACCUGAGAUUGUGAAUGUUGUAAAUAAAGUGUACAUUUUAUGUUAUUAUUUUCUUAAUGAUAAUUAGUUAUCUUAAUAAUAA